AUAAAAUCCCACUUAGGGAGUUUGAGCAGUGCUGCUUUGAACGCACCACCAGCAUGCUCCCAUAGCGGUUUAUCCGAUUGGUCAGAUCACGAGCCAGACCAGGAAGAUGGGAGACGAUUUGGGUGACGAAUGGUGGAAACGUGAAGAUGGAUCUGAGGAUGAGGAGGAAACAGAACAAGAGAAACAGCUGGCAGAGAAAACAAAGACUAAACCAGAAAAGAGGAAGAGGGUAACGGGGAAAGCAGCUAAAGCCAAGAAGAAGAAAGAUGACACCCAGAAAGAGUGUGUUGUCUCUGAAAAGAAAGCUUGUGAAGAUCACCAAUCAACUAAAACUAAAAAGAAGAGAAAGAGGAAGAAGAAAAUCAUCACAGAUGUCUUGGCCUCCUCUGAGCCGAAGCCCGGCUGUCCGGCUGAUCUGCAGGAUCUAGUCUCACGUUACUUCUCAGACAAGCGCUCAGUCAUUGAGCUGGAGGAGCUCAAGCUGCAGAACUCCUGCUUCCUGUCCAGUAAUGACCUGACACACAGCCUCUCGUCUUACCUGAAACAAGUUUGUCCCAAGUGGGCAAAGAUCCAAAAGCAGCACACAGAGAAGAGUUCAGUGGUGGUCCUCAUUGUCUGCAGCUCGGCUCUGCGAACCAUUGAGCUAAUCAAGCAGCUGACGGCUUUCAAAGGUGAAGCCAGAGUUGUGAAACUCUUUGCCAAACACAUCAAGAUAGAGGAGCAGGUGAAGCUGCUGCAGAAAGGCGUCACGCACAUCGGAGUGGGAACACCUGGCAGGAUCAGUGCUCUCAUUGAGAAAGAGGGUUUGACCUUGGAGGCGCUAAAGUACCUGAUCCUGGACUGGAACUGGAGAAAUCAAAAACUCAGACGGAUGGGGGAGAUUCCUGAGAUUAAGUUGGACUUCAUGAAGCUGCUGGAGAGUGGAAUCCUGACAGCUUGUAGAGAAGACAAAGUCAAAAUCGGAUUAUUUUAACUAACUUUUUCAAUCAUCAAAAGACAAAUGGUGUUUUUGACGCUUAAGAUGUUUAAUAUUUUUGUUUUAGUUUGUGUCCGUUUUUUACCUCUUUGUGAGACUUGUCAUUAGUGUUUCCAUCUACAACUGUGAUAUGUUAAAUAAACCGGCUCAAUAUAAAAA